AUGCUGAUCGACAUCUACCUCCUCGGAGAUCUGAUCGACUGCCCCACCCUAAAGAACUAUACAAUGGACCUCAUACAAGACAACAUGUACGGCGCAGUACGGAGAGGGAAAUUAGGUAUGAGUCUGUCGCUGAACCAAAUCAGAAAGGUCUUUGUAGGCACAAAGAAUGCUGAAGAUGCUCCUAUUCGUACGUUCGUCGCAGCUCUGGUAUCCUACAGGCUGAUAUUUGGAGACAAACCUGAGAGGCUGGAGCCCAUCUUCGAGGUGCCUGGAUUUCUCAGGGAUUUUGCUGCUUUCCAAAGAUCGUCAUUGAAGGAGUCAGAUGGGGCUUGGUACACGCCCGUCAGUUUACGAGAAGAUCCAAGAGUUCGAGGAUUCCACGACGUUGGGGUUACGAGGAAAGGUUUUCAUAUUUGCAGCUUUCAUGUCCAUGAGGAGGGAGAUAAAUGCUCAUCCGUCGAAAAUCAUGGGGAAAAUGGUAACGAUAUGGCCCAGAGAGACGGCGACCAGCAUUACUGUCUCGAACGUGAGCGGGUGGAAGAAGAGGAAGGAGCGGUAAUCAUAAAUGGUCAGAUAUUGCGUUGA